AUGCCCGCCGCCACGAUUCCCUCCCUCCCCUUCACCGCCGACGAGGUCAUGAACGCCUCCGACAAGGACAAAGCGCAGCUCAAAGACAUCCACGCGCUCCUCGACAAGCUCUUCGUCCGCAACCGAAACCAGCACCGCCGCAACCACUGGUUCAGGUCGCUGUGGCAGUUCCGCAAAGAGAUGCGCCUGCUGGUGGAGGAGAUGGAGCACAAGAAGAAGAAGUGGGCCGCGGAACAGAUUGCGCACCGUCUGCAGUACUGGGACGAAAAGUGCAUUCACCAGUGGUAUAUGCACUUCACGCAGCUCGUCGCCGUGGGCCCGUUUGCGGUGCUGGGCCUGGUGCUCAUGGCGUCUGUGGCGCGUGUAUGUCGGAUCACCGGCAUCACGGCCGUAUACGAGGAGAUGGCCUCGGAGGAUGUGAAGGGGGUGCUGACGGCGGUGGAUGAGGGCUUGCUCGCCGAGGAGUACGGGGGCAUGAUGGACGUAGAUGAGCCGGAGUGGGAUGAGGGGGAGCCAGUGAAGAGGGAGGAUUAG